GGGACCGGGGCCGGGGCUGGCGGGGAGCGACAACGAGCAGCACGGAGGGAGCAGGUGCCGGAGAGGCAGCGCCGCCGCACACAUGGCACUCGGCCCCUUCCCUUCAGCCCUGUGCCCGCCGCUCGCCUCCGCCCCGCAGCCCCUGGCUUGGAUGUGCGGGUUGGUGUCUUCUGGGGAACCAAUGCCUCGUGUCCAGAGUCCCCACCAAUGACUCUGAUCUCCUUUGUCACCUCCUCGACCCACAGCCUGGGACCCUCAGCCUCUCCGCUGGAAGUGGGGAUGCUCGCUUUCCUCCUGGCAGGCUGUGCCAGCCACCUGCCAGUCACCUCAGAAUAUUUUCCCAUCACACGUCGCUGCCUCACUGGGUCGUCCAGACCUAUUAGUCUGUGAAAAUUCCCUCCCACUUCACCGGUACUCUCCAGGGCUGCUGUCUCUUUGGCUUUCUGGUCCUCACCCACACUAUUCCUUUGCCACAUCCUAUUCUGACCUCACUUUCUGCUGGUCCUGCCCCUUUGGAGGCUUCGAGAAGAGUGGAACAGCUUCACGUGGAGAUAAAGGCAGAGGUUGUUCUUGCUCAAUAGGAUUCUGGCUGCGGUGGGAACAAUUUGGGAGCCAUGGGCCGUCGGCUCAUCCGUGGUCUCUCUGGAGCAGCAGUCUUCCUUGUCAGCACGGCUCUUCUCUCCAUGCGGCACCGUGGGGCUCAGGAAACAGCUCAUUUCUCAGGGCUCACGGAGGGGACAUCAGAGAAGCCACAGCAAUGGAGCAAAGAGAACCUAGAGGAAGGUGGUGGCAGGGGGCAGAAGGACCUGCAAGUCCAUCCUCCGGAGGGAUACAGGACUGAGGGAAGCUUGAGUCUUGGGGACAUUUUCAUAGCCGUCAAGACAACCAAGAGGUUCCACCAGAGCAGGAUGGAGCUGCUCCUGGACACGUGGAUAUCCCGGGCCAGAGAGCAGACCUAUGUCUUCACUGAUGAAGAAGACGAUGCCCUGAAAAGGAGAAUGGGCAACCAUGCAAUCUUCACCAACUGCUCGGCUGAACACAGCCACCCAGCCCUCUCCUGCAAGAUGGCCACUGAGUUUGAUGCCUUCCUGGCCAGCGGCCAGAGCUGGUUUUGCCAUUUGGAUGACGACAACUACCUGAACCCUCGGGCCCUACUGAAGCUCUUGUCCUCCUACUCUGCGACGUGGGAUGUUUACCUGGGGAAACCCAGCCUGAACCGACCCAUCCGGGCCUCUGAAAUGCUGCCAAACAACCAGACGAAAUCUGUGCACUUCUGGUUUGCCACAGGAGGAGCUGGGUUCUGCAUCAGCCGCAAUCUGGCAAGGAAGAUGGUGCCGUGGGCCAGUGGCAAGAACUUUGUGAGCACUUCAGAGCUCAUCCGCCUGCCUGAUGACUGCACUGUGGGUUACAUCAUUGAGUGCAAAGUCGGGGGGCAGCUGCUGCCCAACACGCUCUUCCACUCCCACCUGGAGAACCUGCAGCUCAUCCCCACCUCUCGGCUCACACAGCAGGUCACCCUCAGCUACGGUGUCUUUGAGAACAAGCUCAAUGUUAUUGAACUCAGAGGCCCCUUCUCACCCAAAGAGGAUCCCUCAAGGUUUCGAUCACUCCACUGCCAUCUCUAUCCUGACACCUCCUGGUGCCUACAGGCUGUUGGCUGGUGAUGCUUGAGCCUCAGCUACGGUGCAUCCUGGUGACAUCCAUUCAUCUUGUGCAUGUAGGGGGUGAGACACUGAAGAAGCUCAGUGCUCCCCACUUCCCCUUUUCUCUGUGGUCUUGGAGCUGUGUAAUGGCUUUUUUGGUCCUCACUGAAUACCAGUGACACAGGACAAGAGACAAGAUCUGUGCCAAAGAUGGAUAACAUGGGCUGGACACAUGGAUGGGAACAGUAUGCCUUCCUGAGCAGAUCAAGAACUGGGUGAUAACUUCUGGGCAUCUGGGUAGAGAUGGGGAACUGCUGCUGCUGCUUCUUGCUGUGGAUUCAUCUUGCUGUACUAGAAAGGCCCUGGGUAUGGGUAACCAUUGCCCAGCUGAGGAUGGCUGAUAGUGUGUUGUGGCUCCAGCCCCUCUGAGCAGGCCUUCUUCCUCCAUAUCUGCCUAUAAUUUCCCCACCACCCAUUCUUCGCAGCCACAGCCUCUUGGCUGUAUCUCUGCUUCGUCAAGGCCUAUAAAAAUGGAAAAUGUGACCAUUUCUGUGCUGAAUGAGUGCUGGAAAAGUGUAGUCCUCGCCCAGAAGAGUGGAGAUCGGCAGGAUUUAUGAAGAAUCAGAACCCCUCUCUCUGCAGGGACAAAGGAGAGGGUGCAGGGUGGGGGAGCCAGAGGGAGAAGCUGAUGUGAGAAUGGUUCCUGCACUGAACAUUGGAGGCUUGAUCAUGUACAGCCCUGCAUUAUUCCUCUCUUUUAACUUCUUGAUAUGGGGUCAGGAUAAUCUCUUGCUCUAAUUACCAACCUGUCGUCUGAGAUUAGACUCCGACUCCUACCUGUGAGAGAGGAGACAUAAAGGAUUAGGACUGGCUGAAAGAGAGGAGAAAGGAAGAAGUGGAGAAGGAACACUCAGGAGCAGAUUAGAGGUUACAGCUUUAUAAUCUUCUCUGUGCCCUUCUCUGACCAAAAAAACCCCAAACAAUUAAGUCAUGAAGGCAUGGAAACAGCAAGGCAAAUAGCUUUUAUCUCUGCAUUUCUUUCCUCCCUGAGCACAACACGGGGAAGGACAAGGCCCAAGUAGGUUACAAGCUCUCUGGCAUGUUUGUAGAGAGUUCUUUUCUCCGUACAGAGCCUGGCAUGAAAACUAGGCAAUUCUGCUGGCUGUGGAAUGAACUUUGACACCAUUUGGUGCUUGUACACAUGGUUAAAUGGCUGGGGGAGAGCAUUGCCGGGAAACCUGGAAGGCAAAGAGGCUGUUUUAAAUGGCAGGUGGUGCAACACACAGGUAUUUCUCUUUAAAAAGCCUUUCAAAACACACUGCUGGGAUCUGUGAAAGAUUCCCAUAAUCCACAAAUGAAAGGACAAAUGCCCUUUUUCUGCAGAGCUGCUUGGCUUUGAUGCUGCUGAUGUGACUAAGCCUGCUGCUAGUGGGCUGGAAGAGCCAAGGGCAACUAUCACUGCACCUCUACCGUUUUGGAAACUGGCCACCCUGUCGCCUCCUCCCACCACCCCCAACCCCAGCAUCUCCUGCACUGCAGACAUGAGGUUUAAAGGAAAGGUGUCAGAAAGACCUUCUGCCUCUGCAAAGGGGGAUCUAGACAUGAAUGAGCACUUUAAUUUCUGGAGAAGCAGGGAGCAGGAGCCUGUAGAACUGUUUUCCAGCCUGGUUGUUCUUACUGGCAUUUAACCAGCUUGUGAAGCAGCAGAGAGCCCUGCUUUCUUCCCUUGCACCACGUGCCUUUGAACUGGAAAUACACCCUGAGCAGGGCAUCCUGAGCUAGCCCCUGAUGCCAAUGAUGGUUCCUUGAGUGGUGCAAAGCACUUGGCAUGUGCAGCUGUGCGAACCUGGAAACCACGCGGCUCAAAACAGAGACACCCAACCAUUGGAAGACAGGUGCAGCUUAAAGAAGUUCUGCCCCCAGGGCAAAUGAUUUGGUUUGAACUUAACCAGAAGAUCAAAAAUGCUUCUGUGAGAAGAAAUGAGAGUCUUCAAGAGAAAUCUGCACUACUCGGAUAUAAUUUUUUUUUUCUUCCAUUCGAUCUCUCAUCUCUGUUGUUAAUUGAGUCUUCGAGCUAAAAAGCCAGUCCUAUCUGUAGAUGUCCUUGUGACAAUCAAAGGAAAAUGCAAUUCAUGUGCCCAGGAAAAGAGAAGAUACUUAUAGUCCAGACUCCCUUUCCUGGGGAAAAGCAAGGCAGAGGGAAACUGGAAGCCCAGUUUGGAUCCUGGCCUCAGCUGGUCUGAACUGGCCUGGUUGCAUUUUGCAUGGCUGAAGACCAGAUGUUGAAUGGAUUGUCCUUGAGUGGCUGCAUGGGGACUGAUUUAAGACUUGGCUUCGUUGCUGGAGCAGUUAAGUGCCACUUCUGUGGAAAACGUAUAAGGAAACAGAUGAGAUGUCUGGGGCAGGGCAUCUCUUGGGUUGUAGAGAUGAGUGACAGAAAAGCCUUGUUAUGCCUGUGACGACAAUGCACUGGCAAGAAAAUAGCUUCCCGAAGAUGACAAAAGAAACCAGGUUUUCUCUAAGAACAGAGAGACAGCUUAAGGGGACAUUCACCACAUGAAAUCUGAUCAAUGUUAAAACUUGAGUUAAAAUUAGUUUCAGGAAUGGUUCCUGCCCUGGGGGCUUGCUGUCAGAUGUUGUGGUUUUACAGUCUCAUUUUCCUAGUUUAUUAAAAUGUUUAGCUGCUUGGGAAAAGGAGAAACAAUCUCACAUGAAA